AGCAUGCAUAAUGCCUAGCAUUGCCGUGUAUACAUGCCAUGCCAGCCAGCCUGGCCUGGCUACAAGAUCAUGAUCAGGCAACAAAAUGGAGAGAAAAUGUCCUGGAAAUACCAAAAAGUUGACGUUUCAAACAUGAUCCUCUUAAGAAGGUUAAGCGGCACAGCAACAUCGCAUAUUUACAGUGAAAUGACGGAACAAGCACAAUAAUGUCAGCAACUCUCGUCCAAGGGAACACAAACCUGGCCGGGCUCUCGGGGUCUAGGAGCUUGGGUGUCAAUGUCAUUGCCCCAGUCAUGGCAGUGUCUGUGUGCCGUCCACCCGCCAGCAGCAAUGGCAUGCCAUCCCGACGGGGAAGUGCCAUUGGUCGCUCUCAGCUCCCAGCAAAUAGCCUUCCAAUUAAUAACACCCACUUCAAGCUUCACAGCCAGGAGAGUCUACAUGCAGCGAGCAGUCUGUCGUCAUCGCUCCUUGUGCCUUAUCCUCCAGUCGAAGACACCACCUGGGCAUCAGACAGCAGGGAGGGCUUGACCCUUCCUAGGAUAAGCAGUCCAGUGCAGCUUUGCAGUACGACCAACUCCCAGUCAAGCUUCAUCACUACUAUCGACGCCACAAGCGGGAAGGACGGAAUUGUUGAUGAUGUGGAUGCUCACCUUGAGAAAUCCAACCCGCCGAGCAUCUUCCCAAACUUCCGAGCCCUGCAACGUCUCGCCGUCAGCGCCAAGCUGAGGAUCAACAAUCUGAAAUCAAAAGAGGCUAAGGCCAUCACUGCUUUACUUAAUCAAGAAAACCAUAAUAAUCAGUCCCAUUCUUGCCAGGAUGACGUGAUUCAAGUGAACAAUGUUUUGAAUUCGUCUUGGGAGUCACAAGAUGAUGAUGAUCUUACCCAGUAUCCACACAUCAACAACACAGAUUCUGCUGUACAUAGUGAAAAAGGUACUUCCAAAUCAAAGACCAAGAAAUUCUACAGAAGCAGAUCAAGAAGGCGAGGGGGAAAAACUCCCUCGAAAAAGAAACACUCGCCCGCUCCGACGAAAGACCACAAUUCCUUAGGAGAUUUCAGUCUUGCUUCAACCAUGACCCUCAACAGUCGCUGGGAAAGAAAAAAGGUGGAAACGUUCAGUACCAAGUUCAAUAAGGGUUUUACUUCCAGAAAAUCUAAAGUGAAAGACUCAUCCAGUGGGACGUCCUCUCAAGUAUCUUUGACGACAGUUGCUUUGGAGAAGAGAAGCAACGCAACAACACCCCGUGCAAUCACAAAACAGAGCAGAUCAGAGGCUUCCGAUAGUAUGCCAACACCCAGACAAGUUUUAGAACAUGCAGCAUCGGUUUAUGGAAGUGGAAACCAUAUUCAUGUGAGGCUGAGCAAUAAAUUCAGGUCGAGUGAAUCGGAACGUUCGAUGAAGAAAGUGUUUUUGUCAGAGAAACAGUCUAGUAUGCUGAAGGAUGGUGGGAAAGGUGUGCCCUGUGCCCCGCCCACUUCCCCCACCCCCCAACAGCUUGAGAAGUUUGAAUAUAUAGCAUCAUUAACCGAUCUAAGAAGCCAGAGAGCACUGAAAGACAGGUUAAACGUGAUCGGUGCAGAGGAGAAGAAAAAGAGCCAGAAGAUCCGCGAGGACAAGGCGCGGCAGGAGAAGCAGUCGGCCCGCAACAAUGUCGGUAUGAUGAGGCAGAGACAGAGGCAAGAGAUCUACGCUCUCAACAAAGUCAUGACAGAACUUGAGAACAGCCAUUUCCAGAAGUUCUGUGAAGCCAUGAACAAAUAGUCUCAAGAGAUUCAUGGAAAAAUGUUGUUACGGUAAAGAAGUAUAGGCCUCCUGUACUUUGGUAGUUCAACGACAGGGUUGACCGAAAAUAUCGUGAUUGAAACUCAUUGUAAAGGAAAUAUCAUGGUUGGGGAAAAAUUGUGAAGUUGGAAGAAAAAAAAGCUGUAAGCUUAGAACAAAUUCAUAUCAAAUAUAUAUAUUCCAAAAUCAGUUGUGAUACAUUAUUUUUGCAUGGUUUGAGAGUGAGAAUAUAUCAGGGCAAUAAAAAUAACUUUUCAGUGCAGGUUGAAUUACUUGUAAAGUUGGUUUAAUCGAAAGGUAAUAUUUUA